GGGUUUGGCGGGACCCGUCGACGCUGAGACUUUGGAUGUGACUGCUGCUAUUCCGGUUUGACAGGCGACAUCGCGUAAACUCCACUCAUCAGUACAUAGACAUCGCUGCUCCUUCCUCUGUGCAAGGCUCGUGACUGGUCACUCCGGUCAAGCUCUGCGCGAAAACGAUGCGCAACACCUUGACGGCCGACCUGGAUCGUAUACAGCAAGAGAUCCUUGAUUCUGCAAGCAUUGACGCAAGCGACCACCCGCAGCAACUCUCGCUACAAGGCGCCGUCAGAGCAUUCGAUACACCCCCGAAGCUCAGAAAUCUCGCCAAGAUCUUGGAGAAGCACGAGUUCUCCGAUGUGCUACAUACUGAACAGCAAGCGCCGGGUGCCGCCGUUGAAUGGCUCGUACUAGCACGCGCGACAGUUGUUGUCUAUGAAGGCUUCCUCGAGGAGCUCUUCCAACGUGCACUGCCGCUAUCAGAGGACAACAUCUAUUGGGAUCAGGUGCUCCGUCAUCGUGGCUGGCUGGGCUUAUACCUAUUGCAGACUCUGCCACAACGCUUAUGGGCCUUUUCACGACUCCUGGCAACACAAGCUAAGCAGCAGAUUGACGCAACAGACUUUACCUUGGGUACAUUGCGAAACUCAGUUUCUGAUCGCACACUCUUUCGCAGAAUAGCCUUUCCUCAUAUUCAGGGACAAAAAGCAGCCAUGGCCAACAAGUUCAUUUCACUCGAUACAAUGGUCAAGCAGGAAGUCAUGGCCAAACGAAAGGGCCUGAGAGGUCUGCAAGGUGUACAGGCUAGAGCUGUUGGGAUGUUGGCUACAGAAGCCAAGUUUGAGAACGCAGAUACAUUGCAGCAAGAUGUCAUUGGUUUGGCAAGUAUGCUGGAAAGCUUAUCCGACGAACUAUGCAGCGAUCCAGAAGAUUUGGAAAAGUCUGAAAUACUCGAUGCCACAGCAGUCCAUGCAUCUGCUAGUCCGGCCGGGGUUGCACAGACUCUCAUUGCACUCAGCACCGACAAGAUUGCAGACUCCCGCGCAUUCUACAGGGCGAGCGCAUCGAUCCACAGCAAGCCAUCCGUUUUGACUCGCUAUUGGCCAGUCGGUGUUGGUCUCUACUUCUCAGGCUCUACCAUCCUCAAGUUCAUCUCGAAUAGGCAGCAAGCCAUUGAAGAAUGGAUUCGCGAAACGCUUGAGACUGCAAAGUCCUUUUGGCAAAAUUGGGUGAUUGAACCCAUCAGCAAAAUCAUUGCGACGAUUCGGCAUGAUGAAGGUUCUGAAGUGGCUCUUAUGAGCAGACGGAGUCUAGCGGCUGAUAUGGAUAGUCUCGAACGCAUGGUUGUUGACUUUGCUGUUGAUAAUCCUGAAUUCGCUUCGACUACGGACUUGGAUGCGCUCAAGAGUGCUGCACGAGAAGGCGAUGUCACGCCUGUUCUAAUUGCAUACGAGAAGAACAUCAAAAGUCCGCUGAAGAACGCGGUGACUGGCAGUCUGAUUAGAUCUCUUUUGAUACAAGUUCAAAAGACCAAGGUGGAUGUUGAAGUUGCCAUUAAUGGUAUUGACAAGCUGCUCAAGAGUCAAGAGCUUGUUUUUGGAUUUCUGGGCGUUUCUCCUGCCCUCGUUCUGCUUUGGGCUGGCGGCUCCUGGUGCAGACGCACACUUGGCCUCAAGAAGCACAAGAUGGGGUCCACAAGCAAGAUUGAAACAGUCAAGGUUCUGCGCACCAUCGAGAGACUAUUGACCACGCAACGAGAAGGUGGCAAGCUCUCCUACAAACGGCGAGGGCUGAUCUUAUGCGAAGUGCAAGUCCUUCGAAAGUACGCCAAGCGCGUCCCGUCCUCUCUUCGGCACGAGUUCUUGCAAGAUUUGUCGGAUGUCGAGGAAGCCACGGCAUUGAAGACUGAUGCUGUCAGGCAAGUCAUUGCUCGAAUCUACCGAGUGUAUACAACAGCUCAUAUCUUGUAAACUUGAUCUAUAGAAUCGGCGACGUCAUGCAUGUGCUUACUCGCAUUGGCUAAUUUUGACAAUACCCUGCAACCACAUCUCUAGA